ACGAGGCAACAUGGCUCCCGAAGGUGGAAGGAAGAGGCUUCACCCCCUUUGCAGCGGCUAACAGCAGCCGGAGAGCAGGAAAAAAAAAAAAAAAAGAGAGACGUGACUAGAGCCCGUCAUCGCUUUUUUCCUCGCAGCCUCUUCUGAGUCCGGUCUGCCUUACCUUUCCUCUGCACCCAAAUCCAAUCUGUGGUCUCCUCCCCUCCCCGCCCUCAUUCCCUCGCUCCCUCACCCCUCCCCUCGGGAAUCCUUUUCCCGCCCCCCUCGCCCCCCGCGGAGUGCGCACGCGCCCGCCCCCAGCUUCGCGCCCAGAUCGCCGCCUAGCCUGCUCGCGCAGCCGCCGUCUCGUCUGCCCACCGACGAAGCAUGGGCGUCCAGGGCUUCCAAGAGUUCCUGGAGAAGCGCUGUCCUGGGGCCGUGGUGCCCGUGGACCUCCUUAAGCUCGCACGCACGGUUUCUCGCCAGCAGCAGCAGCACCUGCACCGCCAGCUGCCACCGACGGCAGCCCUAGCGCCUGGAGCUCCACGCGUCGCCAGGGGCUCCACGCCUCUGCAACCGCCGCUCCCGCCCGCUGCCUUGGGUGCCUAUUCCGGGGGCGCAGGGCCGACCCGGCACCAUCACCCCGCUCACCACUUCCACCACCACGGCCAGGCGCCGCCCGGGCUGCACCCACCGCUGCCGCCGCCGCCGCCGCCCCCACCGCUGCCUGGUGCCAGGGUGCUGGUAGACGCGGGCUCGGCGCUGCCGCGGCUUUAUGGCGGCUACCAAACGGAUUGGGUGUGUGGCGGCCAAUGGAACGCCAUGCUGGGCUACUUGUCAGCGCUGUGCCAGGCUUGUGCCUAUCCCGGCGGCGACGGCCUGGAGCUGGUGGUCAUGUUCCCCGGGGGCCUGGGCAAGGACCGGCUGGCUGAGUGGGGCCGUCGGUGCCAGGCCGAGCGGCAGACAGCGCAACUGAUCGUGGGACACGUGGGCAACAAGGGCACCCCUCCACCGCGGGCCUGGUUCCUGCCACCGGCCUGCCUGAGCCACUGCGUGAGGCUAGCACUCAUCCGCUUCCGGGUCAAGGUCUUUCAGAGCCUCGAAGAUCACCAUCUGGAAGUGGUAGCUUUUUUCCGGGAAAACGGCUUCCACGGCCUUCUUGCUCAUGACUCCGAGUACGCACUCUACAAUAUCCCCUCUUACUACAGUUCCCAUGCUCUGAAGCUGAGCUGGAAUGGGAAGAACCUCACUACGAACCAGUUCCUGAUGCAGGAGGUGGCCAAACAGCUGGGCCUGAAGCGGAUGAAUUUUCCUAUAUUUGCUGCACUGCUAGGUAACCACAUUCUCCCAGAUGAGGACCUGGCUGCUUUUCACUGGAGCCUCUUGGGACCAGAACAUCCUCUUGCAUCACUUAAGGUUCGAGCUCAUCAGCUGGUUCUUCCUCCCUGUGAUGUGGUGAUCAAGGCUGUCUCCGAGUAUGUAAGUUCCAUUAAGGACCCCUCAAACCUGGAUGUGGUUGGGAAGGAUGUUUUCAAACAGUCUCAGUCCAGGACAGAAGAUAAAAUAGAACGAUUCAAGAAAGCAGUUGAGUACUAUUCAGUCACAACCAAACUCUCUUCGCUGCCAGUGGCUCCCUCAUUUCUAGGCUUUCGGAAUAAUCGACUUGGAAAUCCUCCCCUUCCACGAAAUCAAAUGGGCACCAUUUCUGCGGGAAAGCCAAUGUUUUCUCACCAAGUGCCCCAGAAAAUGAAAUAUCCACCACCAUUCCCAAUGGGACCCAACUCAUCUCUUCUCUUGUCUCCCCAUGCUUUGGGGGACUCACAUGCUUUCUCUGAGGAUCCCGUGCUGCAGGACAGCCCCUUUGCCAAUUGGGCUGUCUCUUAUGACUCCUCUACAUCUCAGUUUCCCAAUUACCUGACUUCCAAAGCUUCACCUCCUUUGGGACCAGACUCUUCCCACUCCUCUUCCUCUGAUGGUGAUGAGCCAAAUGGAGGCAGCUCUGAUCACAUCACAGAAGCGCUUCAGCUUCAGCAGCAGCCUGGAUGGACAGAUCCCAGUGGUGACAGAGAGUCUUGGGUACAGCCCGUUGAUGCUGGAGUUUCAGAAGGCAGCCUAGGUGAUGGUGAACCCCACAUCCCAUCUCUGCUGUCUAUGUCCACGAGGAACCACAUGGACAUCACCAUUCCACCCUUACCUCCAGUAGCACCAGAAGUCUUGCGGGUUGCUGAACACAGACACCGCAGGGGUCUUAUGUACCCCUAUAUCUACCACAUCCUCACUAAGGGUGAGAUUAAGAUCCCUGUAUGUAUUGAGGAUGAGUGUAACAUGGAGUUACCUCCAGCUGCUCUCCUGUUCCGAUCAGCUCGUCAGUAUGUAUAUGGAGUCCUUUUUAGUCUGGCGGAGACACAGCGGAAAAUGGAACGCCUGGCCAUACGGCGGCGACUGCCUGUGGAAAUUCCUUCUGUGAUCCUCAAAGAGUGGUCUGCCUAUAAAGGGAAGUCACCUCAAACCCCUGAGCUUGUGUCUGCACUGACAUUUCGGGAAUGGACUUGCCCAAACCUCAAGAAGCUCUGGCUAGGCAAAGCGGUUGAAGACAAGAACAGACGAAUGCGGGCCUUCCUGGCCUGUAUGAAGUCAGACACGCCCAGCAUGCUCAAUCCAGCUAAUGUCCCCACCCAUCUGCUGCUCAUGUGCUGUGUGCUCAGGUACAUGAUUCAGUGGCCUGGUGGCCGAAUCCUGCAUCGCCAUGAGCUCGACACCUUCCUUGCCCAGGCAGUGUCAACCCAGCUUUACGAACCAGAUCAACUCCAAGAACUCAAGAUUGAGAAACUGGAUGCCCGAGGGAUUCAACUUGCUGCUCUGUUCAUGAGUGGAGUCGACACAGCUCUGUUUGCUAAUGAUGCCUGUGGCCAACCAGUCCCUUGGGAGCACUGCUGCCCCUGGAUAUACUUCGAUGGCAAGUUGUUCCAGAGCAAGCUCAUUAAAGCAGGCCGAGAGCGCGUAUCCCUGGUCGAGCUCUGUGAUGGCCAGGCUGACCUGGCAACCAAAGUGGAAAAGAUGAGACAGAGUAUCCUUGAAGGAAUCAACAUGAAUCAUCCGCCACCUUCUGCUCUACUUCCAUCACCUACUUUUGUGCCUCCCAUGGUGCCCCCUCUCUACCCUGUUUCACUUUAUUCCCGAGCCAUGGGCUCAAUGCCACCUCACCCUCAAGGAAGGAGCCGGGGGUUUGCAGGUCUCCAUCCCAUUCCAACCCAAGGAGGAAAACUAGAGAUUGCCGGGAUGGUGGUGGGCCAGUGGGCUGGCAGCAGAUCCUCCAGGGGCCGAGGAUCCUUUGGCAUGCAAGUGGUGUCUGUCGGAGGUCCAGGAAGGGGGCAUGGAAAAGAACAGACUGGUAGAGGAAUCAAAGGACACAAAAGAGGAAAUAAACAAAGUUCUUCAGAUGGAAUUGCUAAAUCCCUGGAGCUUCAUCACAGUCGAUCUCGAUUACAGGUAAAUGGAAACAAUGGCACAUUGAUCAAGGAAGAGAAGAGUGAUCAUCGUCUUCCAGCUCCAUCACAGUGUGCCUUAUCCAGAGACAGCAACAUGUGUAAUAAUGGUAACCGCUGCCUCCCCGUGAAGAAUGGGGAGAAGAACCGCUUACAAGAGCAAAAGCUAGAAACUAUGGCACAACGGAAAGAGGAAUGACAAACUGAAGAUGGCUUCACCAGAUUAGCAAGAGGGGAAAACCUGUACUUUUCUGAUUCUAGGCCCAAGCUAGAGGAGGAUAUAAAUGCUUACCCUAGAUUUACCCAGCAUUUUGAUGAACUUUCCUGUUGUAACCAUCUUUUCUCCCUCCCUGUCUUUUUCUGGGCUUCCCAACUUAGAAUGUGGGGAAGUUCUAGUUAAAGAUGAUUAGCUCCUAAUUCUCAAAUUGAAUUUGUAGCACCGGUAUUUUCUUUAUCUCCCCUGGGAGCCUAUUAAGGCAAUAACUGUCAGAAAUUGGAUAUCAUUGUGCAAGCUACUGUAGGAAAAUCCCAGCUUUGGUUUUAUGAUUAUUUACCAGGAUACUCAUUGACAGACUUCCGUGAUCAUCUACUAAUGGGGUUUGGGGGACAGCUGUCUAUGGCUUCCUGACACCUAAUCCGUAGUACCCACCUCCUCCUCUCUCUCUCAACUCACUCACCCAAGAAUUUUGUACCAUGACCUCUAGCUCUGACCUAAAAAUCAGAAAGGUAGAUGUUUUCAAAGAAGGGAGGUAGUACUGGUUAUUUUUAUUUUAUUUUAUUUUUUUUUGUUUUAUACAUUUAAAAAAUAACUACCAAUGGCCUUUGUACUGGGAGAUUCAAGUGAGUCGGAAAAGUACUGGGCAGAUUUUUCCUGCCUCUCAACCAGUGCAUUGUUUGUAAAAUAGAAGACGUGGUGCAGUUUACCCACUCCUUGCUGCCCACACCCUGAAAGGGUGGGAAUUGAUGUAAUGAAAUUGAGUAUGAAAGGGAUUCAAAAGACUGUGUGUGUGUGUGUGUGUAUGUGUAUGGGUGGGUGGUUGUGUGGGUGGGUGUACAUAUGAAUGUGUGUAUCUAUAAGCAUACACAUACCCUUUAUAUAAAGAGACAGAUCUAUUUAUCUAUACAUAUUUUAUAUAUAUAUAUAUAUAUAAGUGUGUGUGUGUAUAUAUACAUAUACAUGUGUAUAUGUAUACACAUACAUACAUACAUACAUGGUGAUGUCCCAGAGGAAUUACUGAAUUUCCAAGAAAUGCUUCCACUGCUAUGGACUGGUGAGUUUCAAAAGACCACACUUUAAAUCUGAAAUCCUUACUGAGUCACAGCCCAUCACAAUUAAUGAAAACGUGGGCUAUUCUAAAUCAGACAAAAAGUACUUUCCUGAGAUUGCCUGUUCAGAACAACACAUACCUGGGUUGUCACAAGCUUAAUCUUGAACAGAGCCCUCACAUCCCAUAUGGUGAAAACAGGAGGUUGGAAUGGGAUUGGGAAGAGUUGUGCAAUUCCUUCUGAAGGUUUGGAGAGAAGAAGGGGGUGGGAGGCACUUGAAAGGGCUGUCAGCCAAUUCGGAGAAAAUCUUUUCUGGAACUCCAGAGUCAAAUUGACUGGGAUUGGUUGACAUGAAUCCCUGAAGGAGAGGUCCAGCAUUGGAAAGAUAUGGGGUAGGGAAGUGUGAGGAAACUGACAAUUUGAUUUUACAUGCCUAGAAUGUUUCAUUUGUUCAUUGACAUUUUGACUACCGGAUCUUUUCAUUUGCUUUGCAAGGAAGACUUCAGAGGACUCUGGCCUGGGCCUUGAGAAGUAUUCUGUGAGAGAGUCUCAGCCCCCUUUAUGGCCAGGAUCUGCCCAGGACAAAGAGGCUGUUCCUCCUUGCUGGAGAUAACCUUGAGACAACCUUGCAUUUCCAGUUUCCCUCCUUGAGCAGCCAGAAUAUGAGGGGUGAAAACAUGGCUAGCAACAAAUUAGCAUUAUGUCUACAUUCAGAAAUUGAGGCUUCCAGCCUCACACGCCUCCUUUGGGCUUUAUGAUAUUCCUGCCCAUGAAGUACUAUUUCUACAGGAAUACAACUGACUAGAAUCCUAGCAGGUUCUCUCUUUUUGAAAAACUCCAUGCACCUUAACCCUCAGCAGGUCCUUGGUGAUUUUUUUUUUCCACAGACAACCAGAAGGCUGUUUGCUCACUGCCCACUUAUAAAGACCAUAUCAUGAGAACUUGAAAAGUCUCAGACUGUUCCAUCCCAGUCUGGUGCAUUUAAGAGAACCCAUAGUUUGUAGGGGCAGGGAAUCCUGGAAUGCCUUGCCUCCUGCCCAGCUCGUUCUUCCAUAACCCUACGGACGACAAGAGUGUCUACCUAGCCAGAUAUUAGCAGGAACAGAGUGUACGAAAGCAGCCUCUUUGGAAUCAUCUCCGCUGAUUUGGUUCCCCUUCUUCUCUUGGACCUGCUCUACCUUUCACAACAUCUUUCAGGCUAGGACUUCUCUAUCCAGCAAGGGAGGGAAUUUGUAGUUAAUUUAGAUGGCUUGAGCUUUUCUUUCUAGAGCACAGAGGGAUGAAUCCUUUGGAGCUCUAAAAAUAACCAGAAUCACUGAGCUCUGAUAUAUAUAUAUAAAAUCAGAUAUAUAUCUAUAUAUCUAUAUAUAGAUAUAUAUGUAGAUAUAUAUAUCUCCAGUUUCUAAUAGGAAGUAUGUGGAGUUCAAUGGUAAGAUUUUUUUUGGUUGCUGUUUCUAUGCAUCUUGAAUCUAUCUAAUACACUCAGAUGACAGUAUUGUUAACUCUCACGGCAGUAAGAUGUUUUGUAGGCAUUCACCGUGAGAGGUAAAAUUGCUGCUUUGACAGAGAUGAUUCCAGUUUGCCAAAAGGCUUGCUUUUCUCCUUUCCGUACAAACUCUACCUUCCUGUAACCUGGCCCAUGGUGAAACAAGUGGCCCACCUCCAACCUUGAUUUCUAUUUGGAGUCGAUAUUUUGGGCUUGGAAGGUUACAAGAGAGAACCAUAAAGGGCCAUAUUCCUAGAUUUUCAUUUAUCUGCCAAAACACACAAUUUAAAAGCCAGAAAACUAAGGUUCAUCACUGGGAGAUGAACUUUUUCUAAUUGGAGAACCAACUGGGGAAGGUGGAGCCUGAUCUUUGCUGUACCACUUGAAGCGACCGUCAUCCUUCACUUGAGGUUCCAUUUCUGACUGUGAAAUGACCUCUCUUGAACAAAGUCAUGUGGGAACCCAUAGCAAUGACCCCUUUACCUUGGAGGGUCACAAGCAAAAACACCCUGGUUGUGCAUAGCCACUGAUCCCCAAGGGCUUGCCAUUCUUGAUUUCUGUUGGUGUAUCUUGGGGUCAGCCUAUAAUUCCUACCCUUAUUCAGUGGCCAGUCCUGUCUGGACCAGGCCUGACAAACUUCUGCUCACUUGCAUUAUGUUUAUUCUGAGCCAGUAGGACUCUGGGUAGACUUUAAAGCCCAAGGAGUGGUACUUGCUUUGGCUUAGGGACAUUUGAUUUUUGUCUCCAUCCUGAUUUUCUGACAUUGUUGGCCAAGUCACACUAACUUUUUUUGAUCACUGAGAAACACAGCCGGACAAGGCAUUAGGGAGGGCGGUUGAAGUCAGGGGGUGGGGGUGGGGGGACAAGAAUGCUUAUGUAGGGUAGAAAGAAGGUGGGCGUAGCAGUUUGGUUAUGCUGGUUCAGUCCUUUGGAGCCCAAGGAGGCCCCUGUGGGUGUGUCAGUGCUAUGGUCUCAGCCUCUAAACCCCCCACCCCAACUCCUUUGAAAUGACAAUACAAGUAGACCACAGUUUCAAGUAGUUAGUAUAAUUUUACUAAGGUUUAAUCAUUAUACUUGUUCACUUCCUGGUGCAUAUUUCCUAAAUAUUCCUAGGGUUCAGGGUUACGGGGUGGGGGGGUGAGUUUUCACUGUUCCGUUGUGUGUCACUAUUUUUCUCCCUCCUGUGACUUUGGCAUCUUCUCAUUUGAUUUUCUAUUUUCUUUUCCCUUGGCUUAUUGCAGUAGUCCGCUGGUGCAGGUAGGGAGCUCAGUGCACCCAUUCUCCUAUUACUGCUAAUUACCUUCAGUGUUGUCAGAGGUUAUUUUGAUGUUCUAGGAAAAUAAUGUCAUUUUUCUACAAAAUCAUCUGUUCCAAGUUAAAAGCAAAAUAAAAACAUCCCCUGUGCUAGGGUGCCCAUUUCAGCUUUUGACGUUGCCCUUGUACUUUUAUAGAUGCUCUUUUUGUCCGUGUUGGUAGUAACUAAUGACUAGUGAAUUUUCAUGUAAACGAAGCAAAUUAAGUAUUUCAGGUUUUAUUAAUCUCUCAUAACCCUGCCAAAUCUGAUGACUUUAUACUACUUCCCAGAAGGCACUUCCCCCUCCUACCUUUCAUUUUAUUCUAUUCUAUUUUUAGACUAACACACUAGGUAAAGAACUUUAACUACAAAGAGUCAGUGAUUUUUUUUUAGUGCUCCCUGAUAAUGAUGUUAUUGACAAAAGUAAGAGAUUCUUUCAUUGUUUUUCUCCUGUGUUACUAUCUCCUCUCCUGUGCUCUUGACAGUGUGUUUAGUGGAUGGAUAAUAUGUAUUUCUCUUUCCCACUCCCAGAUUCCAAAUUCCCUGCCUUUUUGGCCCACCUCACUACAAAAGCUCCAUAGUUUAUUAAUGUAAGUUUGAAUGGAUGCUUCUUUGGGGAAACUACAGGAGUUAAUGGAAAUGUUUCAGAAAGGAAAGAGAAUGUCUCAGGAGUUGUUCUGUGAUGGUUUCUGGUCUGUUGUUCUGUUAAUGCUGAUGGAAAGAAACUUACAGCGCUUAAUAAAAGUUUAUUCUUUUAGUAA